CGAUUGCGCUUAGCUUCCUCAGCAAAGGCCGGCACUGAUACCUGGGGCUGCAUAUGUCUUAUAGUGAGCCGGCUAAAACUUACUGAAAUCGUUACGAACGACUGCUUGGUGGCGCAAGCGGUAGAAACCAUUGCCAACGACGCAAGAACAGAGCGAAAUUCAUGUGCACAACAGGAACCUUUUACAUCAUGGGCCAGUAACAGUGAUAAAUCUUUACUCCCGGCACGGACUGCUCGGCGUUAGUGAGCGUCGGAGUUAGUCUUCAAUGCAGGCGCCUCGCGAAGGUGCCGGCCAGCGGAGAAUGUGGCCUGCAUGGCAUGCCGCAGCGUUAUUUCUUUGCCUUGGAUUUGGGCUCAUCGUUCAGGCCAGAGCAGCGGCGAGCGGCCUCGCGCCCUGGUGCGCGGUCAGCCCACUGCAUCAGGUCACAACAGCCUGCCAAACAAGCACGUCAUGCGAGACGGGAGACUCGUGGUGGGGCGAUGCGGACGUGUGCCGGCUGCCGGGGCCGGCCGGCACCUUCCCCUUCACCGUGUCGUCCUUCGACGUGUGCGGCGGGCCGGCAGCUGUCACGCAGCUGCCGCUAAGUGACGGAAGCGGCCGGCAGCUGGGCACCGUGUCGCUGUACCGCCUGUACGACAGCUCGCUGCUGCACGUGUCCGUGUCGCUGGGCACGGCGGACGGCACGGUGGUGCUGUACAGGGAGACGCCCGGGGAAGCGAGCGCCUCGCUGUUCCUGUCCAGCCAGCUACUGCCCGGCCCCCUGCCGCAGUACUCCCAGCUACUGCCGCCGCCGGCCGCCGCCAACGGCAGUAGCAGCAGCAGCAGCAGCACUCCGCCGUACAGCUGCUUCACCUGGUCCGUGGACCUGGCGGCGGUGUGUAACCCGCUGUCCAGUUACCAGUCCGGAGUGGCGCCCGCAGGCGGCAGUAGCAGCGGCAGCAGCAGCAGCAGCAGCAGCAGCAGCAGCAGCAGCAGCAGUGUGGGGGGCGCCGGCAUUGGCGGCUGGGCGCCCGUGUGCAGCUGCCUGCCGAGUGUGGGUGCGGGCAGCUGCCCGCCUCAGGACCUGGCGGCGGCGGCGGCGCUCUACUUCUCACUUCAGCUGGAUGUGCUGCUGGCGCGCCCCGCCGCCGACACCUGCGGCCUGGACUCCGCCGCCGCCACCCCCGUCACCAUCACCACCCGCUUCCCUUCCGCCGCCGCCGCUCCUAGCCCCGGCGCCAUCGCCGUGGGCCCCGUGCGCACCGGGUGUUGGGAGCCCGCGCCGCCGCCCGGCGCCGACCGCCCGCCCUACCCGCCGCAGCCGCCGCAGCCGCAGGUGUCGCCGCCAGCGCCGCUGGGUCUGUACCCGCCGCCCACCUACCCGCCGCCGCCCACCUACCCGCCGCCCGCCAGCCCGCCGCCGCCGCCGUGGCCGCCGGCGCCUCCCGGCGGGCCGGUGGCUACGCUGCUUGUGCGCAGUCCGCUGCGGUCGCUGCUGCAGGCGGAGCAGUGCUCGCAGGCGGUGAUGCAGCUGUACCCGCUGUACGCCACACGGGCCGCCAGGUUCAACUGCGAGUCGCGGCCCGGCUCACUGGGUGUGGGGUCCGACGUGACCUUCCAGCUCACCUUCCUGACCUUUGACGGCCUGUCCGCAUUCAGCGGCGGCAUGGUCCAGCCACUCACGUGGGAGGGGCUGCUGGGCGCCAUGACUGUGGGCUGCGGCUCCCUGGCGCACUACAGCGACAGCACCGGCGCCGCCUUCAGUGUGUGCGGCAGUGCCGACCAGGCGCCCGGAUGCAGGGUGGUGCUGCCCGGCAUGAGCUGCCAGCCGCCGCCCUCGCCGCCGCCGCCCCCGCCGCCCUCCCCGCUGCCGCCGCUGCCUCCCUCUCCUCCGCCGCCGCCGCCUCCCUCUCCUCCGCCGCCCACGGUGUGCACGGCCUCCACAGCCGUGUUCAAGCAGGGCGUGUCGUUCAUGUACGCCACCUGCGACGCGCUGCUGGUGUUCAACGAGAUCAUGUUCCUCAAGGGCGUCAACGUGGUGGGCACGUUCGCCUGCACGCUCAACGCCGCGCGCGACACGGUGUCCGUGGCGGGCGUGCUGGCCUCACCCGCCGACGCCGCGCGCUUCGUGUCCAACGCCAAGAUGCCGGUCAACGUGGAGACCCUGGCCUCCUACUUCAACCUCUCCUGCGUCGACUCCAUCACCUUCGAUGCCACGCCCUGCCUGGGCCAGGAGGCAGGCCUGGUGCAGUACACGGGGCAGUCGCUGCCGGCUGCCGCCUGCCGCCGCCCGCCGCCCGCGCCGCCCACCCCGCCGCCGCCGCCGCCCUCACCCUCGCCGCCCAAGCCGCGCCCGCCCUUCACGCCGCGCCAGCCGUGGGGCCCCUACCCGCCCGAGAUGCCGCUGUCACCGGACCCAAGUAGCCCGCCGUCACCACCGGCGCCCAUCGCGCCGCCGCACCCGCCGCCGGCCGAGCCGGCACCGACGUCGCCGCCGGAGGGUCCCAGCCCGCCGCCACCGGAUACCCCGCCGCCGGAUGCGCCGCCACCGCCCAGUCCGUCGCCACCGAACGCGCCGACGCCGCCUGACGCGCCGCCACCACCCAGCCCUCCCCCGCCCGACCUGCCGCCAAGCCCACCUCCACCAGGCCUGCCGGACUCACCGCCGCCGCCAGAAGCGCCACCGCCCGACCUGCCGCCGCCCUCGCCGCCGCCCGAGUUUCCGCCACCGCCGCCCGAUGCGCCCAGCCCGCCACCGCCCCCGACCAACCCCUCCCCGCCGCCGCCGCCGGAGACGCCGCCGCCGCCGCCCGCCAAUCCUCGCCUGCCACCGCGGCCUCAGGGGCCGAAUUUCCCGCAGUUCCCUCCGCGGCCGCCGCGGCCGCCCCGGGCACCCGCCGGGCGGCGGCGGCGUGUUGCGGCUGAGGAUGUGGAGGUGGAGCAGGAGGUGGCGCCGCUGCAGGAGGCUGAGGCGGCCGCGUCCGACGCGUCGGCCCAUAGCACGUCCGGCAGCAGCGGGCGGUCCCGCCGGAGGAGCGUUCGCGAGCAGCUGCAGCUGCCUUGAGGCCCGUGCAGCUCUGGCGUCAGUGAGGAGUGACGAGGAUAUUUAUAACCUGUAGCAUAGCAGUGCGUGUCGAAGAGAGUGAGCGCGGUGAGCUUGUGUCUGUUGCUAAUUAGGUAGGGGUCGCCGAAUGAAUGAGGCAACGCGGGUCUUUGCAUCGAACCAACCAACGAACGAGAAAAGGACUGCGGGAUUCCAGAACAUGCUUAAAAUGUGUGUAGACAUGUGGAUGUGACGGGAAACAGUAUCACCGGCGGCUGUGCUUGUGGUGUUUACGUGGUCAUUGCGGAGCGAGGGCUGGUCCAGUGUCAGCGUUUCCUGGUGGGUUAAUGCACCGGGUACAGCCCCAUGCCAUCCGGGCUACCUGCAACCUGACAUGGACUUGCGCAGCUUUAUUGUGCUGAUCCACAGCUGAGAGAGCCGCGCAGUUCGGACAGGCGGCCGCGUGAAGUCUGCAGCCGCAAACAUGACACGCUGACGGCAGCUGCGCGACGCAUCCCCAGGUAUCCCGCCCUAUCCCGCA